ACCACAGGAAGACUGGAGCUUUGCUUUAUUCAUGUCUGGGUAAACGACUUUGCAGGCUAGCAUUCGCUCCAGGAGGCCACGCCAGGCUGCUAUAAAACUCUUUAAAGUUUUUUUCCAGCAUUUUUCCUAAUAGAGGAGUACAGUAAGCAGAGGGAGAUCUGCAUCACUAUGAAGUCGAGUAAGGAUAUCAAUCUGGACACUUAUAAUUUAUCUCUGAUAACAGCAAAAGAGGACGUGCUGAACCCUAGAACCUCCACAAACUGGGCUCUGUUUGCAUAUGAUGGCGUAACAAAUCGACUCAAGCUGGCUGACUCUGGUGCGGGUGGCGUCUCUGAAAUUGUUGACAAGCUCCACCCUAGACGGCCCCUCUACGGGCUCUGCAGGGUGGACCAGCCGAAGACGACCAGGACACACAUUGCCAUGAUCAUCUGGGUGGGAAAGGACGUGGAUGAUUACCGCAGAGCUCAGUGUGUUGCUCAUGUUCCUGCUAUUAAAUCAUUCUUUAAGGAGGCACAUUUCUUUCUCCCUGCCUCUUCUCUGGAAGACGUUACAGAGGAGAGGAUUUUCUCAGUGGCCUCUACAGUUACAGCGAUGACAGAGAGAGAUAAAGCCAGACGGGUCAUACGGAAGGAGGACAGAGAGGAGAAAGUGGGAACUAAUUAUAAACGGACGAUAGCAGCAGCAGAAAUCCACAAAACCAUCAGAGAGAACUUCUGGGCUCAAGCAGAGAGAGAGGAAGAGGCACGCAAAGAGGAAGAGCGAAGGAGAGUGGCGGAGGACAGGAGGCGGAGGGAGAGGGAGAGAGUGCAGCAGGAAAGGAGGGAGGCGGAGGAGAGGGAGAGGAGGAUGAAUGAGAAACUGAAGAAGAUUCAGGAGCAGAGGCGACUCCAGGCCGAAGCUGAUGCAGAAAAACUCAAACAGGAACAACUCAAAUGGGCUGAGCAGCAGAAGGAGUUUGAGGAUGAGAUGAAAUCUCGGUUCUCACACUCUGAAUCAGUGGAAAAAGCAGUUGAGGCAGCAGUUCUCGUGUCUCAGCGGAAACAGAAUCCGAGAGAGUUUUUCAGACAACUCUCACUGUCCUCCAAUGACCCCCAACCAAACCCACCCAGCCCAUCACCCACAGUCAGGAGUUCUAACCGGAGGAUUCAUCGCAGUCUGACUGAUGUCAUCCUCUUCACUAAAUCAUCUUCCUCCUCUCCUUCAUCCCCCGGCAGCCCUAAACCACUCUCUCCAUUUUUCCCUUCAUCUCCAACAUCGCACAGCCCCACACCUCUCUCACAACCCCAACACACACACUCAUCCCUCACCACAAUUCCUCCCUACAUUCCUGCAUAUAGCCCAACCAAAAGUCCAGCAGUGGAUUCUCCAUCACCCACUAGUAGACACACAGGUGUGUUUACGUCAGACCCUUGUGAUCCAAUGGAAGUCUUUCCACCACCCCCUAGAGAUCUAAAAAUGGUAUCUCCAUUACCCCCUAUUGGUCCAAGAGAGGUCUUUCCAACACCUCCUAGUGGUCCAAGAGAGGUCUUUCCACCACCUCCUAGUGGUCUAAGAGAUGUCUUUCCAGCACCUUCUAGUGGUCCAAAAGAUGUCUUUUUAGCCACUUCUAGUGGUCCAAGAGAUGUCUUUUUAGCAACUUCUAGUGGUCCAAGAGAUGUCUUUCCAGCACCUCCUAGUGGUCCAAGAGAGGUCUUUCCACCACCUUGUAGUGGUCCAAUAAAAGUACUUCUAUUACCCCCUAGUGGUCCAAGAGAGGUCUUUCCACCACCUCCUAGUGGUCCAAGAGAUGUCUUUCCACCACCUCCUAGUGGUCCAAGAGAUGUCUUUCCACUACCCCCUCCUAGUGGUCCAAAAGAUGUCUUUCCACCACCUACCAGUGGUCCAAAAGAUGUCUUUCCACCACCUCCUAGCGGUCCAAGAGAGGUCUUUCCACUACCCCCUAGUGGUCCAAAAGAGGUUUUUCCACCACCUUCUAGUAGUCCAAGAGAAGCAAUUUCAUCACCCCCUAGAGGUCAGAAAGUGAUAUCACCAUUACCCCCUAGUGGUCAAACAGCCAUGUAUACAUCCCCCAGUAAUCCAAUAGAAUUCUUUCGACCACACCCAGGUGAUCUAACAGUGGGCUCUCUGUCUCCCCCUCAAGGUCAGAAAGUGGUAUCUUUAUUACACGAUAGUGGUCCAAUGGAAGUAUUUAAAUCACCCAUUAGUAAUCAAACAGUUUCCACUCUUGCUGCACCUUCUACAGCUUCAUCCACCUCUCUCCAGCCAUGUUCUCCAGAAAACCCAAACAUCUCUUUAACGGAAUUAGUGGAAGGCUUGACCUUUUACCCUCCUCCAUCUGCUGCAGACAUCACCACUCAAAGUCUGGUCCAACCAGAAACUGAAAAUUUGGCACCCCCUCAGGUCCAACCAACAGGUCCUGCUGCCCAGAAUUCUGUUUGUGAUCUGGUCCUUACCAACACCCAGGGCUCAAGUCCAGAUCAAGUCCAGCCUGAUAUGCCAAGUGCUACUGUUUCAUUUCCCAUGAUCUCCUCUGCUCAGCCUGUACCCAGACCUCCAUCGCGGCCUUUACCCGCACUGCCAGUGAGAGAGUUCUGCAGUCUGGAUUCAAUGAUUCCCACAGAUGAAGAGGCAGAGAGAAAUGAUGGAGAAGUGACUGGGGAGAAGGAACCUUGGGUAACUGCUCAGGCUUCUAUGAUAUCCAUUCCAGAGGAAGAGGAUGAUUAUGUAGAUAAGAGAGGACUGGAGGAAGAGAAACAACUGAAAGUUGGGAAGGAUAGAGAUGUGAGAAAAAAAGAGGUAGUGAUGGAACAGGAGGAGGAAAAACAGGAAAAGAUGCAUAAAGAAAAGGAUGAAGAGAUGUUUUCCUUAGCUGAGCAGAAAAAUGUAGGUUUUAAAGCUGAAAAUGUUGAGAGUCAAAUGGUAGAAGAGAGGGAUGAAGGAAUUACAGUGGUGGAGGAAGAAAACCUGGGGAAGAGAGAACACAACCCUGAGGACGGGAUUGCCACACAAGUGUCUAUGAUAUCCAUUCCAAAAGAGGAAUCAGUGGAUGGUAAGCCAAAGGAAGAGAAUGAAGCCUCAGUGAAGGAUAAAGUAGAAAUUGAGAAGAAGGAUAGCGAUAUCUUUAAUGAGAAAAAAGACAGAGAUAAAGAAGUACCACAAGAGGGAAGAGAACUGACAGAAAACAAUGAUGAUGGGAAAGUAGAAAAAGGGCAAGAGGGAAUGAUGGGACAGGAGGAAGAAAAACUGGAAGAGGUGCAUAGAGAGAAAGAUGGGGAGAUACUUUCACCAUGCAAGGAGAAAAACAAAGACAUGGUAAAUGCCGAGAACCUUGAGAGUAAAUUGGUAGGAGAAAGGGAUGAAGGAAUAAAAGAGGAAGAACAAAAUCUGGAGAUCACAAAAACUAACCCUGAGCAAUGGUUCGCCACACAACCUUCUAUGAUAUCGUCUCCAAAGGAGGAGUCAGUUGGUGGACAGGCAAAGAAUGAAAACAAGGACUUAAAGGAGAAUAAAGCUGGAAAAGAGAAUAAAGACAGUGAAAUACAGAAUGAGAGAAAAGGGAGAGAUGAAGACACACCAGAGGAUGCCAAAGAACCAACAGAAAAGAAGGAUGAUGGGAAAGUAGGCGAAGUACAAAUGGAAGUGAUGGAAACGAAGGAAGUAAAACAGGUAAUGGUGCAAAGUGAGAAGGACAAGGAGAUGGUUCCCUCUUCUGAGGCAGAAAAUGAAGACACGGAAGCCAACAAUGUUGAGAGUAAAGCGGAAGAAGAGAGGAAUGAAGGAAUGAAAGAGGAAGAGGAAAAAUUGGAGAUGACAAAAAACAACCCUGAGCACUGGAUUGCCUCACAAUCUUCUAUAAUAUCCAUUCCAAAGGAGAAGUCAGUCGAUGGAGAGGCAAAGUUUGAGAAUGAAGACCUGAAAAAAGAUGAAGUGGUAAGGAAGAAGAAGGACAGUGACAUACGGAAUGAAAGAAAAGAAAGAGAUGAGGAAGCACCACAGGAGGGAAGAGAACUAACAGAAAAAACAGAUGAUGCGAAAGUAAGCAAAGAACAAAAGGGAAUGAUGGAACAGGAGGAGAAAACCCAAGAAAAGGUGCAUGGAGAGAAGGAUGAGCAGAUUCUACGGCCAUUGGAGGAGACAAGCAAAAGCAUGGAAUGUGAGAACCUUGAGAGUAAAAUGGUAGGAGAGAGGGAUGAAGGAAUAAAAGAGGAGGAAGAGAAACUGGAGAAGAUAGAAAAUGACCCUAAGUACGGGACUGCUGCACAAGCAUGUAUGAUAUCCAUUCCAAAGGAGGAAUCAAUUGAUGGACAGGCAAAGGAUGAAAACAAGGUUCCAAAGGACAAUGAAGUGGGACCUGAAAAGAAGGACAGCAAAUUACUAAAGAUAGAAAAGAAAGAUGAUAGGAAAGUAGGUGAAGAACAAGCGGAAGUGAUGGAACCGGAGAAGAAAACCCAAGAAAAGGUGCAUGGAGAGAAGGAUGAGCAGAUUCUUCUGCCUUGGGAGGAGACAAGCAAAAGCAUGGAAGGUGAGAACCUUGACAGUAAAAUUGUAGAAGAGAGGAAUGAAGGAAUGAAAGGGGAGGAAGAGAAACUGGAGAAGAAAGAAAACGACCCUGAAAACUGGAUUGCCGCACAAGUUUCUUUGAUAUCUAUUCCAAUGCAGGAGUCAGUUGAUGGAGAGUCAACAGAUGAAAAUAAGGAACGAAAAGAGAAUGAAGCAGGACUUAAGAAGGAGGACAGCAACAUACUAAAGAUAGAAAAGAAGGAUGAUGGGAAAGUAGGCGAAGAACAAGCGGAAGUGAUGGAACAGGAGGAGAAAACCCAAGAAAAGGUGCAUAGAGAGAAGGAUGAGCAGAUUCUUCUGCCUUUGGAGGAGACAAGAAAAAGCAUGGAAGGUGAAAACCUUGACAGUAAAAUUGUAGAAGAGAGGAAUGAAGGAAUGAAAGAGGAGGAAGAGAAACUGGAAAAGACAGAAAACGACCCUGAAAACUGGAUUGCCGCACAAGUUUCUUUGAUAUCCAUACCAAAGGAGGAGUCAGGUGAUGGACAGGCAAAGGAUGAGAACAAGGACCCAAAGGAGAAUGAAGCAGGUAGGAAGAGACAUGAAGAAGCAGUGAAAGGACUAGAAGAAGGAAAGGAACAAGAAGAGAAGACAGAAAGCUUGUGGGAUCAAGAAAAACUGGUGGAUGAGAGAGUGGCAGAUGCAGAAAAAGUGAAUGAGGAAGAAGAAGAUGGAACCAUGGGUGAGGGUUUAAUAGACAGAGUGACAGAGGUUGGGAAAGAUGCGGAAACAGAUGUGGAGGUUACAGCAAAAGAUGAGAUUGAAAAUGAGAUAAAGAAUGAAGAGAAAGAGGCAGAAAAUGUGAAGGGAGAAGAUGAUAUAAAUGGACAAACAUCAGAUAUGGACUGGAGAGAGAAAAACAUUGAAAGAGUGGAUGCAGAACUUGAAAAAGUGGUGUAUGAGGUCAAGAACACUGAGCCUACUGAAGAGGAAAGGAGCGAAAGAGACACAAAUGAAGAUGGACAGAUGGUCGAAGCCAAAGAGUCACUUGAUGAAGGCGAGGAAGCAGAAAGGAUUGAGAACAAAGUAGAAAGCAAAAGAAAGUCAGAACCAUUUGACAAUUGGGAAAAUAACAAGAAUGCAAGAGAAUUUGAAGAAUUUGAGAAAAGUUCUGAACCAGAGAUGAAUCAAGAAGCUACAGCAAGUGGACAACAGCACAGGGACGAAGUAAAGACUGUUGAGAUUCUUAAGGACGAUACAGUGAAUAAAAGAGAACCUGGGGAACAGAAUGACAAAGUUGCACAAACUGAUGUUUCAGAAAAACUUGAAGAGAUAGCAGAGCAUACAAGCCCAUGUGGUCACUUACAGACUGCUCAAGAAUCUGCUGAAAAUCCUAUGCAGAGUGAGAACUUACCAAUUGGAAAGUGUUUGACCAUUGAGGUUGAGUCAAACUUAUCUGUUUCAGACGACCAACCAGAUUCCCUGCCUUCAGUUUUAGCUGAAAACUUGGUCGCAACCAUUCUCGAGUCCCUGGCUACAUCCAUUGAAUCAUCAGUUACUGAAGCAACAGUCUUUGAGCAAACGUUUCCAGCAUCUCCUUCUGAAAACAGCAGAGAAAUCGAGGACUCCUCAGUGGACGAGGCCUGUGAAGAAGCUAAAGAGAUGGAAGAAGUUGAAAGUAAAGACGAAUCAGCGGAGGAAGAGAGUGAAACAGAGGAGUUGGAUUGUGAACCAGCAGAAUGGCACACAGCUGAGCUCAAAACCCGUCACAUUUCCACAGACAGUUUCGAAAAGCUGGGGUCUGAAGAUGUUGGUGAUGAACUUGAGGACACAGAUUGCACAACAAGCACCGAUACAAAUCAGCUGACCUCAAGUUCAGGUUUAGACUCAGUCCAGGAGCUGAGUUAUGUGGAUGAUGGACAGGAAGCCAGUUACGAGGAAGCCCAGGAACCUGAUUAUGACUCUGACAGUGUGGAGGAAGCUACAGAACACGCAUUUCUUCCAGCCAUUGAUGUGAACCUUAAAGUGAUGGACACAGAAACGGUCUCAGAUACAGAAAACAAGAUUAAGGACAAAUGAGGAUACGGUGCUGGUUUAUAUCGACCAAUGAAAAGAAGGACAAUGGAAAGGCUACAUACAUAAAUGCAUUAUGGAAUAAACUGAUUUAGAAGACAAACACUAAGGCUACGUUCACAUUAUCAGGCAUUAAAUAAAAUGAUUUUAAAUCCAAUUUUUUGCAUUAACCCUCUAGAGCCUGAGGCCUUGUAGAGUCUUCUGAGGUAGUGUGACAUAACUUCCUGAAUUUGAUAUUUGAGUCACUGUUGAUAUAUCCGGAUUGAUUUUUGAUUGUCUGACUGGUCAAAAAUCUGAUUUUUGCUAAUCAGAUCUAAACCACAUUUGAAAAUGGUUUGAACUGUAAUUACAAGAUGUUCUUGUUGGUCCUGAAACAGUCUUUUUUUCCAAUUAAGAAGUGGAAAGUUGGCUGUUGCUAGGAAAUGUGACCAAGGCACAGAGAAGGGGGCAGGCCUUGAGAUUAAAAAUAAAAUCGCAGAGCUCAGUUGCUGCUAAUCAGAAAAGAUAACAGACAGAAACUCGUCACAUACAUUUAUGAACGCAAAACGCAAAGAUCCAAAUUCUAACCACUAAAUCCGACCAUCUGAGCUGAAAAUCUGAAUUGACUAAUUAGGCUUGUAAUGUGAACGUAGCCAUAUUUCCCCAAAGGAAAUAAUCCAAGUAUUCUCAAGCUUUCCAAGGAGAAUAUGUUUUUUGUACCACUUUUUACAUACAUUUUAUUUUCAUGCCAAAAUAAAUAAAGUUAAUGUUCACUGGA